AUGUCAUUGCCUGAGCGCGCUGGCAUCAUUGAUCCAGCAGAUUUCCUCAAAGGAUCACAUCUGGAGCAGUUUACUCAGAUGCACAAGCAUGUCCCCAUUGAAGUCGUGCCUUCAACCAGGGUCAAAGCUUGCCACAAAGUUCGCGCCUGUGACGUGGUGCCUGUGUACAACAAACUGCUCCAGUCAGGUGUUGCCGUUCUCCUUCCAGAAGAGCAGGCCUUGUACGACUCAACCGGCCGGUUAGUAUCAGGAGGGUUGUUUGGGGUUGCGCAUAAGGAGCAUAGUGAUAGAGUUAUCAACGACCGUAGGCCCUUCAAUCAAGCGGAACGCAGGCUGGUGUGGGCCAGACUUCCCCAUGGCACGCUUCUGACACAGCUAGUGCUCAGUAAGGAGUUUUCUGUGCGAGCGUCAGGAGAUGACUUAAAAAAAUAUUUCUAUCUUCUGAAGCAUAUCCCAGAAUGGUUGUCUCGCAACGUAGUUGGCAAACCUGUUAGUGGAGCUUUCUUUGAGCGUUUCGGUGCAGACCCUUCUAGGCGCUACGUGUUGGCCUUUAAAGUUGUAUGUAUGGGUGAUCUCAACGGGGUCGACAUUUGCCAGCAGACCCAUGUUGAGUUGUUACGGGAUUGUGGCGCUAUGCGCCCUGAGCACGUGCUUGAGUACCAGUCACCGCUACCCCUUGAGCCCACGUUAGAGGGGCUGUACAUCGACGAUCAUGUGGUAGUGCAAAUCACCCCAAAGAAGAAACAUCGACGCAAGGACCCUGACCCGAAAUGGAACCUAGAUGAGACUCUCAUUGGAUUGAGUAGACGGCAGUAUCAGCGAUUAGGCGUGCCGGUCUCUUUGGAGAAGAGGUUUACGAAGCAAUCGAAGUUCACAGCGUGGGGCACUGAAGUUUGCAGUGCCUCCGGUCGUGUUGGAGCACCGCAGCACAAACUUCGCCAGCUCUGUCAACUAGUUUGUCGGUUGCUUAGGCUAGGAAGGGCUAGCAAGAACCGACGCCUUAGCUCAACAGACGCCAGUCUUAUUGGCGCCGGGCGGUGUGCUACACGCACCACCUCCUCUCUGAGCCGGGUUUUGCACCGCGCUGCUGAGCACAAAGGAGAGCGAGUUCGUUUGGACUGGGCUACCGUAGGCAUUGCACCUCUCACAGACAUGAAGCUUCCUAGCCGUCAUAUCGAGCGCUUGGCGGGCUUGCACAGGUGGUCAGUCACGGAGUCGAAGCCUUUUCGCAAGCGCCAGCAUAUCAACAUCUUGGAGCUAGAAGUCAUACAUAGGGAGUACUCCGAUCUUGUGUCACAAGUCAAAGGCGGGCUACGCUGUGUCAACCUUACUGAUUCAAGGGUAGUGCUUGGUGCGGUAGCAAAGGGUAAACAAAUUCCACCUCCCGAAUUUCCCUUGCCGGACGAAUUGGCCUUGCUGGGUGCCGAGUGGUUCAAGUCUCAAGAGCCCUUGACCAAGCAGCAGCUGUGGGCCUUUUGUAGUCAAGAAGCCGCUGCGGCCGUGUCUUCUUCGAGUUGGUGGCACUUCAAGUUGGCUCGCUUGAGUCCUGCUUACCGUUCUCGCCUGCUCGCCUCGGGCGCCGUUCUGUUUCGGUACUUGCGUGCACAGCACGUGGUGGAUGUGCAACAGUUCAUGCGCAGUGCCCGUCGUGCGGAUGCCCUGCUCCAGGCUUUUGUGCAGCGCACUUGCGAUACUCCUACUUCUCGAUCAGUUCGUUUGGCCAAGCAUGCUGUUCUCUUCUGCCAGGUCCUCUGGCCACGCUUGCGGCACCGUUUGCCGGAGACUUGGGCCUUGCUGCGCGCGUUGGAAGAGUUGCAGCCUAAGAAGGUUCGUGUUCCGCUUCCCUUCCCGCUGCUGCUGUGCAUGGUUGUCGCCGCUCGCAUCCAUGGCUGCCGCGUGCGCGGGCGUUCGGCGCGUGAGUGGUUCGUGUUCGCCUGCUUGCUUGAAGUCGGGUUCUUUGCCAUGCUCCGCCCUGGGGAGUUGUUGGCGUUACGCGCUCGAGAUGUUGGCACUCUCAACAGCUUGUCGUUGGGGUUUGCGCACUGCACGCUGCGGGUCGCCAAACCUAAGAAUAGGCGCAGCGUAGGCCCUGAGCAGUUUGUGCAACUUACACAUCCUUGUGUCUGCAUGUGGUUGAUGCACUUUGUCAACACGUUGGCCCCAGAUCAGUUCUUGUGGCCGUCGUCGACGUCUGCUUUUCGGAAGCGGUUUCAAAUCGUGUGUGCCAGCUUGGGGCUUCUGGGUUGCAAGUUGACUCCCGCCAGUCUGCGGUCUGGCGGCGCCAGCUACUGGUUCCAGUCCGGUGUCGCUUUGGGGGCUUUAAAGUUUUUGGGACGCUGGGCUAGUGAAAGUAGCUUGUUCCAUUACAUACAGUUUGCCACCGCACAGCAACUGCUUCUCCAGGUACCUGCCCCGCAGACUCGUUUUUUGCAGCUGUUGUUGACGCAAGCCUUCUUCUUGCUCGAGCCUUCAACUCAAGUCCUGCAGACACUUCUUCCGCAUCAGCGGCUUUCGGUGCGUGUGCGGGGCCCGCGCGAACUCGGGACCUCAGCAGCGGCCGUCAGUGCUUAUGGGGCUCGCUACCUCGAUGUUACUGCUGAUUGGCUGACCCGUGCCGGUCGCCACUAUCCUGAGGACAAGCGGUUUGAAAAGUUUGCAAGAAUGGCUUCGGAUGUGACUGUUGCACCCGACGCGCAGCCGCCGGCUGCAGUGGAGGACGCUGCUCUGCUUGAGCGUCCGUGUCGCGUUGCCCGCCGCGCCGCAGUGCCGCUUCCGUUGCGGCUUUUCCGGCAAGCUCGUGCCAAGCUCGUAGCGUUGCCCAACAGUGCCAGGCUCUGGCUGUUGCUUAGUUGUCUGCUGUUUUUGGCCAAGCCGCUGGCUGUCGUGGUGCUGGCCCGCUUGCUUGGAGCUGUCGCACGGCUCGUGCUCCGGCGUGUGCUCCACCUGGUGGGUCACCUCGCCGAGCAGCUGCUGGAAGAACUUCUGCAACAGGCCAGUGAUGCCGUCACGGUUCCUUUCUCGGCCGGCCAUGGCCAGUGCCCUGCUCAGCUUUCUUGGCCUUUGUUGACGCAGCUUCUGCUCACGGUCACCAGCUCCAUGGCAGGCGCAUUUGGCCAUUACUUGUACAUUCGUCUGUGCCGCCGAGUUAUUCGAGUGGUGUAA